UGAGGACACUCUGUGACUUGUGAGUGCCUGCACCAUGAGUGUCUCUGCUCUGAGCCCCAGCAGAUUUGCAGGCAGCCUCUCUGGCUUCCUCCAAGUGGCCUCAGUGCUUGCCUUACUUUUACUGCUGCUUAAAGUGGCCCAGUUCUACCUGCACAGGCAAUGGCUACUCAAAGCUUUCCAGCAGUUCCCAUCCCCACCCUUUCACUGGUUCUUUGGACACCAGCAGUUCCAAGGUGACCAAGAGAUAGAGCAGGUUUUGAAGUGUGUGGAGAACUUUCCAAGUGGCUUUCCUCGCUGGUUCUGGGGGAGCAAAGCUUACUUUAGUGUCUAUUACCCUGACUACAUGAAGGUGAUUCUAGGGCGAUCAGAUCCAAAAGCUAAUGGUGCCUACAGGUUGCUGGCUCCUUGGAUUGGCUAUGGUUUGCUCUUGCUGAAUGGACAGCCAUGGUUCCAGCACCGGCGGAUGCUAACCCCAGCCUUCCACUAUGAUAUUCUGAAGCCCUAUGUGAACACCAUGGCUGAUUCCAUCCGAUUGAUGCUGUUUGCUAUGAAUGAGCUGAAGGUGGUAGUGGCCUUGACCCUACUCCGCUUUGAGCUGCUGCCUGAUCCAACCAAGGUCCCCAUCCUUUUACCACGACUUGUGUUGAAAUCCAAGAAUGGGAUCCACCUACGUCUCAAGAAGAUCCACUGA